GGAAGAUGUCGUUGUAUAUUUUGUACAAUAAAUGAUUCUCUCUCCACUGAAAUGCAGCCACCUCUGAGGUGGAAGCAGUUAAACUUCACACAGCAACAUCAUACGAGAGUUUAGGACAGGCAGUGAAGAGGAGUAUUGUGUCCAAGUGAAACAUCAGGGGGAGUUCUAGUUCUCUGAACAUGUCCCAGAAGGAUCCCUGCCAGAAACAAGCCUGUGAAAUACAGAAAUGCUUGCAAGCAAACAACUACAUGGAGUCUAAGUGUGAAACCGUGCUUCAGGAAAUGUGGAAGUGCUGUGCCCAGUACCCCAAGGGCAGAUCCAUCUGUUGUUCGGGGUUUGAGAAAGAAGAAAGGGAGAGAGAAAAGUUUAAGGCGACUUCAGAAGAAAUUCCCCCACCACCUCAGUAACGCAAUGCAGCUCCAGCAGGUGCCAGAGCAUGGACUCACCUGCAGAGCUGAUCUGUGUUUUUUCAAGCCUUCUUUAGACUUUCAGGAAAGCCAGAUCGCUCCUAGAACACACUACCUGGCACACCAAAAAGUAUAACGCAGUACCAACAGAUGGCCUGGUUAACAGACUUUAUUUUCUGUACCAAAACAUCAUCUACAUUGUCUCUGCAUCGCACCUGUGUGUGUGAAAAGUCAACUUGAUGUUUUUAGAAUGCUUACCUUACUAUAAUCCAUCCUUGCUCUCAAAAUGGAGAACUGGAACCAAGUUAUUCUGGCUUCUGGAGCGAGAGGUACAGGAAAUGAGCUCAGAAGAGUGAGUGAGUUUAAGCGUGACACAUGAAACAAGCCCAUCUUGACACAGCAAAGGUAUUGCUGCCAUCAUGCAGUAGUUCCAGACAACAUUUGCCUGUCCAGUGGUUCAAACUCAAGAAUGGGAAUCGGGUCUGGGGAUUGUUCCUAGGUCUUGCAUAGAUCACGAGUGACUACAAGUCACUUUGCCUAAGUGCCUCACUUUCCCACUGGACAGACUUUUGGUUACUUUAUAUUUGAAUUGCCUACACGCUGCUAUUUGCAUGACAGAGAUGUUAGGAACAUUAUUUCAGGGAUCGCUACAGGAAUAGGAUUUUUUUUUAAAAAGCAAUAUUCAUUUGAAAGAUUAGACUGUUGAUAUAAAAUUUAUGAAUAAUUGAACACCUUUAAGCAAUAUGUUAUGAACCCAGCGUAGUUCAACCCGCUGGUACCCAGAGGCCUGUCACAAAGCCCUGGGCUAGAUCCAAGAACUGAUUUAGGUGCUGCUUACUGAACAAGCAGUUGUAGGCACUUGCUUUCAACACAGCAUUCCAGACUCACUCACAAGCUGGCUGUGUCUGGACCCCAGGGAGAGAUGGCUUUUCAGAAGCUCUCACCUGUGCAGCAGAAUUUCCUGUGACCUGUAGGAAGAGCUCGGUAGACAGGUUCCUGCAUUGCUCUUCAGAGCUGCCUAAGUCUCUCUGUCCCCUGU